GUAUGGGCCCUGUCGCCAGCACACGGACAGAUGGUCAGCCGGCUCUCCGCCGCGUCGCUUCACUUCAGGUGUUCGUCCGGCUCUCCAGUGUCACACAGCAGAUCUCCAGCUCCAGUGGUGUCGGGUUCACUGGGAGCGCUCACCUGUGCAGCGUUGCCCGGCUACCCUCAUCUUUAAUUCAACACGCCAGACCCGAUACAGACGCUCUUCACCAUGCAGCAGGACACGGAGAACAGGACGAGCGACCGCGAGCCCAUGCCGAACGGAGAGGCCAUGAGUCCCGACGUGCAGGACUCCAAAGGUUCCCCGGAGGACGAGGAGAGCCAGAGAACCGUCCCAUCGGCCCCGCCGCUCGAGUCCACGCCGUGCCCGAGGCCCAAACUGGUGUUUCACACGCAGCUGGCGCACGGAUCCCCGACGGGACGCAUCCACGGCUUCACCAACGUGAGGGAGCUCUACGCCAAGAUCGCAGAGGUCUUCAACAUCUCGGCCUCGGAGAUCCUGUUCUGCACGCUAAACUCCCAUAAAGUGGACAUGCAGAAGCUGCUGGGCGGCCAGAUCGGGCUGGAGGACUUCAUCUUCGCGCAUGUGAGAGGAGAAACGAAAGAGGUGGAGGUCAUUAAAACAGAAGACGCCCUCGGACUGACCAUCACUGACAACGGCGCGGGAUACGCCUUCAUUAAAAGGAUAAAGGAAGACAGCACCAUUGACAGGAUAAAAACGGUGUGUGUUGGCGAUCACAUCGAGGCCGUGAAUGACCAGAGCAUUGUGGGAUGUCGACAUUAUGAAGUGGCCAAGAUGCUGAAGGAGCAAACCAGAGGAACGCCGUUCACCCUGCGCCUGGUGGAGCCCAAGAAAGCGUUCGACAUGAUAGGCCAGAGGACGCGAGCGCCGAAGUCCAGCGAGGGCAAGAUGGUGAGCGGGAAAGAGACUCUGCGCAUGCGCUCCAAAGGCUCGGCCACCGUCGAGGAGAUCCCCAGCGAGUUCGAGGACAAGGCCAUCCGGAAGGUGGACGAUCUUCUGGAGAGCUACAUGGGGAUCCGCGACCUCGAACUCGCGACGACCAUAGUGGAAGCCGGGAGGAACAAGCAGAACCCGGAUGAUUUCGCAGAGGCGCUCGACUCCGUUCUGGGCGACUUCGGUUUUCCCGACGUCUUUCUGUUUGAAGUGUGGGGCGCUCUGGGAGACGUCAAGAACGGCCGGAUUUAGAGAGUAAGUCAAGACAUCUGAGAGGUUGAUUUGUGACGUCUGUCAUCUGUUUUCAUAUACUCAAUCCUCCCAAUUCCCACACUGAUCCCGAGGAAGAAUGGAGAACGUCAAGGUAUUAGCGGCUAAACAACGAGCUAACGCAAACAUUCAAGUGCGUAGAGCAGUACGAAGUCGGUCACACUGUAUUUCCCACCGAUCUGUAUAGCUAACUAGGGAUUAAACCAAUCUUUUAAGUUUUACAUUAUAUAUUUGACUUUAAAAGCAUUACAAUCAAGUAUAUGAUAGCAGACAUUAGCUUAGCUUAGCCUAGCCUUUGUUUGUUUUUGUCUUUUGUGUUAUACAUCGUGUUACAGGUGAAAUGAAUGAUCUUUCAUGAUUAAUGAGAUCUUGUGACACGGAUGGCUUGUGUAUAUAUGAAUCAUCACUUAUUGACACAGUUGAAUUAAUGAUAUGUUCACAUUUAAUGUGUAGCUAUUAAACUAAAAAAUCUGCUAA